AUGGGUGGUAAUGAGUCAAUCGAGAUUUCAAAGUGGCGUGAAUGGAUUCCUACAGUGAAACAACAUCCACGACCAAUAUCAUAUGAUCUUACUCCUAUCUAUACGCUUUUGCUAUCAAAUAGCCAUCAACGAAAGUCUCUUACGGAAGCUACUCUGUAUUUUCGCACUCAAGCUGACUUGAAUGAGCGCAAGUAUAUUGCACGACUUCAAUCCAUUCCAAAGCCGCCUCAAUCUCGAUGCCAAAGACCGCUGGCAAAACGUUCUUUAAAAUCAAGUACUCAGCAACAACCACAGGCGGUAAACCGUACCACAUCGCCGUUCAUUUUCACUGAGGAAGCUCGAACUGCUCUUUGUCCAUUUGUUGGAACUGAAGGCAUGAGAUGUUUUGAUGAUCGUCCUAUAAGAAAUUCUGGUAGAAAACUUGACUUAGAGUAUUUAAAGUUACCACGUGGUGUUGGUAUGACUGUCGAUCGAAGCACUGGUCGAAUCACGGCUCCAGCUGUAGAACUAACAUAUCCAUCUGAAGGCAGUCGUAUGUGGACUGAUGGCCAUACUGGUGCAAUGUUUGAUAUAUUUAACGAGGCAAGACUUGGCGCAGCUAACAUAGUGGUACCGGCUUAUGAUAAAGAGAGCGUUCGCAUUUUUCAUGACGUUUCACAACUAGAUGCAGCUUGGCGACAAACAUUUGCUGAUGGCAAAGUCCGUGGUGGAGAAUUAGCUCGUACACCUGAUAUGCUCGACUAUUUCGACAAGUGA